AUGACAGCCGUUGAAUACAAGGAGAAACUCUGCGAAACCGUCCUCUACUACAAGAAUAAGAACUUCAAGCUUGUCUUUUACAACGACAAGUGCACCAAGUUUGAUCUCUACGAUGCUAUUGGCCGCAAGAGCUACACUUACGAAUUCAAGGACACGAUCUUCAACGGGAUCUACGCGUUUCCAGGCCCCUGCGGAACGUAUUUCGUAACACGCAACUCUUACCUCUUUGUCCUCAAGUAUCCGGCUUGCCGUGGAUUCAAACCAAUCCUUCUCGACAACACGAUCAUCCGCAUCCGUAACCCCGAGAAGAAUGUGGAGUCUGUCUUCUACUACGGUGACCACAGCUUCGCGUAUGUCCGCAAGGUCUUCAACGCGAAGUCCAAUAUGCACCACUAUGUCUGCUUCCACUGCAACCACAACACACUCGUCAGGUCCAUCGCUAAGUCCACCCCAGAGAAGGAGGACAGGCUAGGGAAGCUCCAGUCCCUCUACUCGAACGAGCACGUGCUCUGCAUCACGUCUCUCAAGAAGGCCGAGACGAAGCUUACCCGUGUCACCUUCCACGUUGACCCCGUCAAGCCCUAUCGCUCGUGGUAUCUUGCAAAUCUUAGCAGUCUUCCUAUGGCUUUCAGCGCCAAGAAGAACGCGGCAGAUGGCUCUGAUCCCGUGCUUAUGGAGUCUGAGAAGGAACUUGUUAUAAUUCAACCAGGGACGAGCAUCUGCUGGAGGAUGACCAAAGAGUCGGGUGGUGUCUCAUCGGUCAACGAGGACAAUAGCAUAGAUAUGAGAAAGAUCGAGCUCCCUAAUGAGACUCAUAAGAAGGUUGCUGAAAAGCACUUAGUAGCGAACUUCUCGCAUGAGAAUGCCCUCUACAUGACAGACAACGAAGGAUCUGUGUAUAAACUCGACCUGAAGACCCUAAGCAUUGAACCAGUCGGUGAGAACGAGGAUGUCUCUUCGAUGGAGUAUGUCUCUAAACUUCGCUCCUCCGUCUUUACUAAUGAUAGAGCGGAAGCGAUGCAGCAGUCUGCCGUCGUCUCCUCGCUCACUUCUAUCCUUGAUACCCAGGCGAUGUCUGCCAGUAGGUCAAGUUCUACACAACAACCUGUCCUUCGCAAGGUUGAGAUGGAUGUUGGGACGACGCAGGACGAGCAGCUAAAGCACCUUGAGGCUGAGCCCAAGGCACCCAAGUCGAUCUCUAUCACCAUAAAGAAGGGAUCUAAGGAGCAGCCGCAACCAGCCGAAGAGGUCCUACAACCAUUAGCUACCGAAAACCAGACAGACGCUGCUGCCCUCAUGAUUGGGGCGGUCUCUGCUGCUGGCCUAGAAACCACCCCCGCUGUCGCGGCGGAGGAAUCUUCUGCUAAGAGCGACGAUGCCCCAGUUGCCUGCGACGCAGCUGCACUCUUGAUCGGCGUUGUAGCGUCUGCGGGUCUCGAGUAA